ACAAAUGCUAAUGGAAGCCUUCCUCUGGGUGGAGAAACAAGCUAUGCAGCUCGAGGGAGGCGGCGACAAUCAGCCUUGGUUCGGGUGGUUGUCUGGGACACAGAAGCAGAACGCGGGAGGCACCCAAGCUUGCACUGGUCACUGCCAAGCCAUCGGUUGUAAAGAACUACCCCGCCGUUUCUUCGCGGGCCAACGCCAGAAGUCCGGUUAGGCAAUCCCAGUUGAGCCGCCCGCACAGGUCGGCUGCAUCGCAACCUGGGCUUUGACCGAAUGGCACCGGCGAGAUGGACUCGCAGGUCCGGUCCCCGGCGCUUCUGCUUUCUGGGAAGCCCCAGCAAGACCCCGGGAACCCGUCGUCCAAGGAAACCUCGCAGCACCGGCGGCUCCUUUCACAGAGGCCGCCAGUAUCUGGGCCCCGAGUGCAGACCCCUCCCGGGCGGCCUCGGGGAUCAAAGCCAGUGCCCGCCGUGGCCACCCUCGGCCUCGGUCCCCUGGGACUGGACUGCCCCUUCCGCCCGGCGCCGCUCGGAAGCGCCGGCACCUUCUCUUCCCCUCUCUCCGCGACCUGGAGCGCACAGAAAGGCAGCUCCGGGGCCGGCAGCGAACCCCGCACCCUGGCGGGCAGCUCCCCGGCGCGUCUCGGUUAGCCCGGCCGCCCGGACUCACCACACCAAGUCGCCGAGCCGCAGACUCACAGCCGCCAUCUUACCACCCAACCACCACCGACGCACGGGCCGCCGGGAACAAGCAGGUCGCCUCGGCGCCGCCCAUUGGAGUGGGUCCGACCACGUGAUGGGGGCCGGCUGUCAUCGGCCACGCCGCUGCUCUGACGUCACCGCGCCUGCUGGGGAUCAUUGGCCGGCCGAGCGGCACGUGAUGCGAGCGCCGCGGUCUCCGCGCGCCGAAGCGCAGAGGCUCCCGGCUCCUUCCCCCUCCCUCCGGCUCGUGACAACGAAGCGUCCGCGGUCUGAGGCGGCGGCGGCGGCGGCGGCGGCGGCGACGACGGUGCGACCGGCUGAGCGCGAGAGGGAGCCGGCCUCGCGGCCCGCCCCGCCCCCGGGCCUUGGACUCCGCGCUCCUCCCCUCUCGGCGCUUCCGUUGCGGCCGUUGGUCCUGCGCGGGCCCCGGGGCCAUUCCCGAGCCCGAGGCGCUGGUCGGCCCCGUCGCUGCGCCCGUGAGCUGCGGUGACGGAGCUCAGCGCGGCCUGGAACUCAGCUUCCGCCGGGUCUGGGCUCCGGCGCCCAGCUACUCCUCUUGGCCGCAGACCGGGAGGCCCUGGUGUCCGCGCCUGUCUGCUCCUGUCGCCCGUGUUCUUUGGAGCGCUCCUCCCGACGGCCGCUUUCGGAGGCGCCGUCUGAGCGCGUGGUCCCGCGCCGCAAGUUCUCCCGGGGCUCCCGGAGGCUGCUCCCCCGACCCCUUGGUGUCCUCGGAGUGGCUGUGCGGACGUCGAGUUGGCAUUUCUUCGCUUCCUCCUGGGCCGGCGCGCGGCGCGGCACACCAGGCUCCCCUGGGCGCGGGGACCCGGCCAUGGUCCGAGGCGCUGGCCGCCCGCCCGCAGGGAGCCACGGCUGGGAAGCCCACCGCUAGCUGCGCCGCCGCCCGGGGACCGGCAUGAGGACCGCCGCGGGAGGACGUCUGCGGCCCGCGUCGGCUCUGGGGACAAAGGUGCGUGUCUUUGUCGGGUCCAGGCUGUCCCGUUAGCCUUGCAGUAGUUUUGCACUUCUGAAAAAGUUGUGACAACAGGCAAGACAGAUGCCGGGCGUAGUUUGGACACUUGAAAACUGAACCAUGAAGUGGGAAGUGUUAGCCGCAGUUGAGCGCAGCGCCGGCCCAAACUUCAGCAGACCAGAAGCCAUGCAGUGACACCCGCUAAGACUUGUUGGUAGCCAUGUCGGAGCCCCACAGGGUCCAGUUCACCUCUCUCCCAGGUUCCCUGAAUCCUGCAUUUUUGAAGAAGUCCCGGAAGGAGGAGGCUGGGGGAGCAGAACAGCAUCAGGACUGUGAGCCGGCCGCAGCAGCUAUUCGGAUUACACUCACCCUCUUUGAACCAGAUCACAAACGCUGCCCAGAGUUCUUCUACCCAGAGCUGGUGAAGAAUAUCCGAGGGAAGGUAAAAGGCCUUCAGCCUGGAGACAAGAAGAAAGAUCUGUCAGAUCCUUUCAAUGACGAAGAAAAGGAACGGCAUAAAGUGGAGGCCCUUGCCCGGAAAUUUGAAGAAAAAUACGGUGGAAAGAAACGUAGAAAAGACCGAAUACAGGACUUGAUCGAUAUGGGGUAUGGUUAUGAUGAAUCCGAUUCCUUCAUCGAUAACUCUGAGGCGUAUGAUGAGCUUGUUCCUGCUUCUUUGACUACGAAGUAUGGAGGAUUUUACAUUAACUCGGGAACCCUGCAGUUUAGACAAGCAUCAGAGUCUGAGGAUGACUUCAUUAAAGAAAAGAAGAAAAAAUCUCCAAAGAAGCGGAAGUUGAAGGAAGGUGGUGAGAAGAUAAAGAAGAAGAAAAAAGAUGACACUUAUGACAAGGAGAAGAAAUCGAAAAAGUCCAAGUUUUCCAAAGCCGGCUUCACAGCCCUCAAUGCCAGUAAGGAGAAGAAGAAGAAGAAAUAUUCUGGGGCUUUAAGCGUUAAAGAGAUGCUAAAGAAAUUUCAGAAGGAGAAAGAGGCUCAGAAAAAAAGGGAGGAGGAACAUAAGCCUGUUGCGGUCCCAUCGGCGGAAACUCAGGGCCUGCGAGAACUGGAGGGUGCCUCUGACCCCUUGCUCUCACUCUUUGGCUCCACUUCUGACAACGACUUGCUCCAGGCGGCCACUGCCAUGGACUCGCUGACGGAUUUGGACUUGGAGCAUCUGCUCAGUGAGUCUCCAGAAGGAAGCCCCUUCCGUGAUAUGGAUGAUGGAAGUGAUUCCCUUGGGGUGGGAUUGGACCAGGAAUUCAGGCAGCCCUCUUCUCUCCCCGAAGGCCUGCCAGCACCCCUGGAGAAGCGCGUUAAGGAGCUGGCUCAGGCUGCCAGAGCUGCUGAGGGGGAGAGCAGACAGAAGUUCUUCACCCAGGAUAUUAAUGGAAUCCUAUUAGACAUAGAGGCGCAGACUCGGGAGCUGAGCAGUCAGGUCCGCUCUGGGGUGUAUGCCUAUCUCGCGUCAUUCCUGCCCUGCAGCAAGGAUGCCCUGCUCAAGCGUGCUCGGAAACUUCACCUCUAUGAACAGGGGGGGCGUCUGAAGGAGCCUCUCCAGAAGCUCAAGGAAGCCAUUGGCAGGGCAAUGCCGGAGCAGAUGGCCAAGUACCAGGACGAAUGCCAGGCACACACGCAGGCAAAGGUUGCCAAGAUGCUGGAAGAGGAGAAAGACAAGGAGCAGAGGGACCGGAUUUGUUCGGAUGAGGAAGAAGAUGAAGAAAAAGGGGGCAGGAGGAUAAUGGGACCUCGGAAGAAGUUUCAGUGGAAUGAUGAGAUCAGGGAGCUACUGUGCCAGGUGGUGAAGAUCAAACUGGAGAGCCACGACCUGGAGAGGAACAACAAAGCCCAAGCUUGGGAGGACUGCGUGAAGGGCUUUCUGGACGCGGAGGUCAAACCCCUCUGGCCCAAAGGCUGGAUGCAGGCCAGGACUCUGUUUAAGGAGAGCAGACGAGGCCAUGGGCACCUAACUUCAAUCCUGGCCAAGAAGAAAGUUAUGGCUAACCCCUCUAAAAUCAAGGUGAAGGAAUCGUCUACGAAGCUUGAUAAAAAGGUUUCUGUCCCAUCAGGACAGGUUGGUGGCCCCAUUGCUUUGCCCUCAGAUCACCAGACAGGAGGCCUGAGUAUUGGGGCCUCGAGCAGGGACCUCCCAUCCCAGACAUCGGGCAGCCUUGCUAACCCUCCUCCUGUCAACCUGGAGGACUCGUUGGAUGAAGAGUUGAUCCGCAAUCCAGCCUCCUCUGUGGAAGCUGUGUCCAAGGAAUUGGCUGCAUUGAAUAGCAGAGCAGCUGGGAACUCUGAAUUCACACUGCCUGCACCCUCAAAAGCACCUGCAGAAAAAGUUGGAGGUGUUUUAUGUGCAGAAGAAAAACGGAACUUUGUGAAGCCCAGUCCUUCUGCUCCACCACCGGCUAGCUCUCUGCAGUCACCCCUCAAUUUUCUGGCAGAACAGGCUCUGGCACUGGGGCAGUCCUCUCAGGAGAAAAAACCAGAGAGUUCUGGCUACAAAGAGCUGUCCUGCCAGGCUCCCCUCAAUAAGGGCCUGCCAGAAGUACAUCAGUCUAAAGCAAAGCACCACAGCUUGCCACGGACGUCUCACGGGCCCCAAGUGGCAGUUCCCUUGCCUGGCCCCCAGGUCAAAGUCUUUCAUGCUGGUACUCAGCAACAGAAAAACUUCACGCCCCCAUCUCCGUUUGCCAAUAAGCUCCAAGGCCCAAAGGCUUCUCCCCCGCAGUGUCAUCGUUCCUUCCUGCAGUUAGUGAAGACAGCAGCCAAAGGCCAGGGCUUCCAUCCCUCUGCACCAGCCACCUCAGGAGGCCUGCCAGCCUCCAGCAGCAGCUCUCACAAGACCCCAGCCUCGUCCUCUUCUGCCCUGAGCCAUCCAGCAAAGCCACACUCGGUCAGUUCUGCAGGCUCAUCUUACAAGAAUAAUCCCUUUGCCAGCUCUGUCUCCAAACAUGGGGUUUCUUCUGGCAGCUCUUCCUUGGGAGGAACACCAGUCCAGAGUUCUGCUUCUGGGAGUCUGGUCCCUGGCAUACAACCUCCCUCCGUGGGACAGGUCACCAGCCGACCUGUCCCAAGCUCAGCAGGGAAAAAAAUGCCUGUUUCCCAGAAGUUGACCCUGGUAGCGCCUCCAGGCGGUCCAAACGGAGAUUCCAGUGGAGGGACCCAGGGAGUGGCAAAGUUGCUGACCGCACCCCUACCCUCUUCAGUCAGUGGUGUGACAUCGUCUACCUCCUUGUCAAAAGGAGCGAGUGGGACCGUGAUGCUGACCGGCUCCUCUUUGAUGGCUUCACCCUACAAAUCCAGCAGCCCAAAACUGUCUGGGGCCAUGAGCUCGAACACCGUGGGAAUUAUAACCCCCGUCCCUAUUCCUGUCCACGUGCUCUCCUUCAGCGCUGACUCCUCUGCCAAAGCAGGGGUCUCCAAGGAUGCCAUCGUCACAGGCCCUGCCCCCGGGCCCUUCCACCAUGGCCUUGGCCACAGUCUUCUGGCUGGCUUGCACUCCAGCCCGCCCCAUGCAGCGCCUCUCCCACACGCUGCCGUGCCCACCCAUAUCCCGCAGAGUCUGCCAGGUGCUCCUCAGCUUCACGGGAAAGGGCCUGCUGUACCACGGAAAUUGUGACCGCUUCAGAGGCAAGGCUUGCCACUUGGGUCUGGGUGGAAUCAGAACGUGCAGGUCUCCCAGGAUGGACACUCACUGCGCCCUUUCUGCUGCUUGGUGUUCUUCUGGAGGAGCGUGAGUUCUCAGUGGAGCGCUUCUUGGCACUUCUGACAUGCCUCCCACGGAGGGAGCUGGGUCCUUGCUGCUCAGGAGGUGCAGACUAUCCUGUGCUCUGGGCCUUGCGGCUCUUGCUAGACGGUUGUUAGAGGGGCAGCUCUAGGCUGGGCUGUGUGCUGGGCCAUGGUGGGAGGCAUGGUGUUUACAGGCUCUGGUGGCAGAGCAGUUGGCACACCUGCGGGUGAAUCUGCCUGACCCCCUUGCAUUUGGUCAGAGUACCUCAGAGCACCCCACUGCUCAGGGGCUCCUUCUGGCCGCAGUAAGCUCCCUGGAUGGUCACAGUGCCGCCUCAUCCCCAGGCUGUGUGCUCAAGAGAACAAAACCCAGGCCAGAGCCACAGCUAGGAGACAUGCGUUGUCCCUGCAAAAUAUUAAGAACACCUAGGGUGUGCGCACUGUGGGGGCCAGUUUCUCCUUGAAACAUGACAAUGAAGCUCUUUUAGAGAAAAGACCUUUGUAGAUUCAACAAUUGUGAUAGGAUUUUUACAGACACCUAUUUUGGGCUCAGUUUUCAUCAUUACCAUUAAAUGCAUUGGAUAGAAGGGGACUGUUCUUCACACAUCAUGUUAUAGGAAGACAUAAUUCCAGUGCCUUUAUGGUGGAGCAGAAUUCGACCACACAGGUCCAUUCAGCCCUCUGAGUGGCUCUGAGGUGAAGACCUUUUUAAAGAUAUGUCUGUAUUCAAGACAAAGCCAGUUUUGAGUUUUUUACACGUGCACAUCAUUAUCUGUGCUGUCCUGACUAGAAGGGUGUCUGGGCCCCCAAAUUCCAAGUCCCAGUGUAGCCAGGGCUCCCAUUUUGCUUUUCCAGAGUUUGUGGAGUUGUACUGCAGAGCCCAAAGCCCUUCAUCUUUCUGAGGGUCAAGGAUACCAGGGGUCCCGAGUCACAGAUAGACAUUCCAGUUUGUCGUCUUAGGAAUCAUUCGUAGGCAGUGCGGCAGAAGCAGGCCUCUGUGAAGUGUCUGCCAGGUAGAAAUAGGCCUUGAAGUCCUGGGGCCCUCCAGGCAGUGGGGUUAUGUGUCGACUUAAGGGUGAUGUACGGAAGAGCUUGAGGAGUGGUUCAGAGAGACUAGGACAGUUACUGCAGAGCUCCUAAGUCACCACUCAACCAGUGGCUGUUUCACAAGGAUUUUGAGGGCACUUGCCUGUCCUGUGAGGUCUUUGCCACAAGGUGAGUCUGAACUGACUGCUCCAGCUAAGUGAUCUCAGGCACGUUGAGAGUAUAGUGUCCUCAGCACGUGCACCUGGGGGAAAACGGAUCGCUCUUGGCUCUUGACUCCCAGGGUACAGCGCCCAGUAACUCACCCUUCAUUCAGAGGUUUACUGGCCUUCCUGGUUUCCCAAGGAGCAAGACCUCUGUCCACCCUUUGGCCUGGCCUCUGCUCUGACUCCUUUUUUACAUAAGAACCAAUCUGUGUUUCACAUUGGGCUAAGUGGAUUCCUUAUCCCUUUAUUAUAUAUAUUUUUUGCAACUUGGAUUUCCAGUUUGUUUACAGAGUAGUCUUAGGUAGUAGCAAAAGAGCCAAAGAAGAGAUUUGUAUUGCUGAGCUCAAAGCCAAGCAGAGGCCGGCAGUGGAGGCUGAGCAGGGACUCUCCAGGCUUCUCUGCCCAUAAACACCCAGGUCCCAGCCCCUCCUUCCUUUCCCUUUGGUGCUCCCUCCUCCCCAUGUACCAUUGCGCGCGCAGCUGGAGCAGAAUACCCUCAUUUUUAGGAAUCUAGUGAUGCCUCUUGCCUCAGGGAAACGUUUCUUUGAUGGGGAGUUUGAGAUUUCUUUUUGUUUAUGCUUUAUUUGUGGUAAUGAAAGAGCGAAUGACUGAAUAGCCAUGGCAAGGCAGAUCUACAGGCGAGGCCGCAGCAGAGGGUAGGGCAGAGCGGCCUCGGGGUCUGGGGGCUGCAGGGGUUUCCUUGGUGCAGCGAAAGUCUCUGAGCACUUACCGGGCGUGGCCGUUUCUUAUGUGUGAGAGGGGCUGUGGCUUUUGUGCAGCAACUAUGUUGGUGUUAGGGGUGGUGUGGAGAUUGUUAAUCUUGUAUAAAGUGAUUCAAUAAAUUGUUUCAAGGUUUCCAAAA